AUGCUGUCGCGACAGAUUUCACGGGCGGUGCCCAGAACUGCUACCCGACUACCGCUCAUUUCACGCCGAACCUACCUCCCCCCAUCGAUCAACAGCCGCGAUGUUCUUGACCAGAAGUACCCGGACGCCCCUAGGCUUACAGAGGAGGAGGAUCCCGGAAUGAACGGUGGAUACGUCAACCCUCUCCCUGUCAAACGUCAAUUCCGCGAUCCCCAUGGAGAUUGGUGGGACAAGCAGGAGAGGAGGAACUUCGGCGAGCCUGUCCACGAGGACUUUGAUCUCCACGGCAUGUUCACGCCGCACGAGUACACAUGGACGACUCCCGGCAAGGGUGCUGUUAUGUUCGGCACAUUUGUUGUUGCCUUUUUGGGUGUAUUGGUUGGGGUUAAGAUGGCAUACCCUGAUAUUCAGUCGUAUCCUCGCGAAUUCGAGGGUGGCCUCGAACGCGAGCUCGGGGGUGCCGGCGCGAUGAGGGCAAGGAUGGCUGGAGACCCAGAGCCGUUUGUCAAGGAGUAA